ACGGAGCCAUAUGAGGUGAAUCCUCAAUCCUCACGGUCACAUAGUGGUGGUCAACUAACGGAGCAUAUCUUAUGAUGUUAUCAGUUAGCGGGUUAGUUAGCUAACUUAUUGUGUCACCACAGCCGUAAAGCGAUUUAGCUUGCAGCUAGCAGGUUGUAUGGCUUUUGGCCGAUGUUGCUAGUGGAGGAAGGGAUGCAUGUUUUGUCUUUCAUUAUGUCGAAGUCGUUCUGUUAUUUUUAGCUAGCACUGCAGGCUAGCUUAGCUAAUAGCGGCGAGUAAAGCGUGACUAAUCGGUUUGUUUGAAACACAAUACAAAUGGAGCAGUGGCAGGACGAGGCCUCUCAGCAGGUCAAGCUGCUUACAACUCGUCUGAAUGAACUGUUGUCCAAAGGUCUGGGACUGCUGCGAUCCGAGCUCGGCGUGGAUUUGGGGCUGAAGCCUGAGCUGAUUCCGCCAUGGGUGAUCCUCUUAGCGGCGUGUAGCGGGCUACUGCUCCUGGUCGCUCUGUGGGCCUCAACCUGCCGGUCUCUCUUCAAGAAACGACCCGAUGUAAGCCCUCUGGACGACGGGUUUGAAUUGAAACGCGAUGAGAGUAAACCUGUCAAAUCCGAGGAACCGAAGAAAAAGAAGAAGAAGACGGAAAAGAAAUCCCAGCCUAAUGGGAGAGCUGUUGCUGAACCACAGGAAGAAGCCAUAGCAUCUGAAGAGAUAGUGCCACAUCACCAGACGCCCCCACCAGAAUCCAAGGCUGAGAAGGCUGCAGAGUUAAAGAAGUCUAAGAAGAAGGCCAAACAGGCUGUGAAGGAGACAAAGACUGUGACUGCAGCUCGCAAAGAACCAGAAGAAGGCACAUGGGAGACCAAGGUCAGCAACAAGGAGAAGCGUGAGCAACGCAAGAAGGAUAAGGGCUCCAGUGAUGGCUCCAACAGUCCUGGAGGAGGACACACACCUGUGAGCACUCCCCCAGAGCAGCCAAAGGCCUCCGCUGCUCCCCCGCCUGCCAGCCAGAAGAAGACAACAGGAGAAUCUGCCAAAGUGAAAGUAGAGAAGGUUGAGGCUGUUUUACCUGCAGUUAACAGUGAGGCGGUGGCUGCUGUGACGGACAUGGCUGUGAAGGUUCCUGCUCCCACCGUCUCUCCGAAGGCCCGCCCCUGGACAACCACUACAGAGCCAGCAUCAGUGUGGAGAGCGGAGCUUGAUGAGUCUUGGACAGUGAUUGACAGGGGGAUGGCCCCGGCGGACCCAAAUCUGGUGUCUUUAAGCGGCCUGGGUGUUGGUACUGCUGAGCCUGAGCCUGUGAAGGAGCUGCCCUGCCUCAGCCCGCCCAGAGUGGACGACGAGUGGUCCGGACUCAAUGGUGGAUCAGUGGACCCCAGCUCUGAUUGGAACGCCCCCGCUGAAGUCUGGGGCAACUAUGAGGAGGAAACUCCUGAGCCCCCUCCCAUUGUGGAGCAGCCGCUGCCGGAGCCCUCCAAGGUGGACCUGCUGAUGGCAGCAGCUGACGACGAUGAAGAUGAGAAGGACAAGGGAGAGACUGCUGAUGAUGGAGCUGCUAAAACUAAGAAGAAGAAAAAGAAGAAGAAGAAGGCUGCUGAGGAGGGAGGAACAGCUGGCCAGGGGGAGGAGUCAGAGAAGGAGGCUCUGCCUGCAGCCUCGAUGAAGAAGCAGGAGAGUGCUGCUGCCGUCCAGCCUGUCAAAGCAGCUGCUGUCGAGGUGAGAGUGGAGCAACCAGUGAAGGAAAACAUAUCCCAGAAACCCCCUGUCACACAAGUGCCACAGAAGCCAACUGAAGGAGAGACCACUGCCAAGCAGAAGGGCCUUUCUGCUCCUACACAACAAAACAAACCUGAGGAGAGCCAAGCGCCCAAGCCGGCUAAGAAGAAGAAGGCGAGGAGAGAGACAUGAGACUGAAUCGACUCUGCAGACCUCUGUAUGCAAAAUACUUCAUAUCCCGUUUAUGCAACACCUUUUGUGACGAGAACACUAGCAGAACCAAGGUCUCCAUGAUGGGCUUCACCCUACAACCAGUCUGGAAAUGAAACCACUUUUAUACACGUUGAGUGUCGGCCGAUGGAUCUUUAAACCUAACACGGUGUUAAUGAUUUUUAAGUAUGCAUUUGAUAUGCUUGAUUCUGUCUUCUAAUUCCACGAAUCAAAUAACUGAUUGAGAGAGCUGUAUCGUAGUAAUUAGACAUAGAAAAAUACUGAUCAUGUUUAGAAAUUUGAUGUUGUGGUGGAGGCUAACAACUGGAGUUUACUGUGUAGGGAAUGAAGGUCACUCAACAAUGGUCCAUGAUGUUGAACUGGCCUUUGCUAUAUGCAGUCUUAUUUUAUUUGAAGUUGUGCAUCAUGAUUACACAGCGAGUGCUGUUGGUUGAAAAGAGCUGAGAGAUCAAAUGUUAACUUCACAUCAACAGGGUGUUACUGACAUAAAUGAGAUGUGAGCAUUAGUGGGCUGAGCACUAGGGAAUCAUGCCCGUUCUGUAUUUUUGCAUUCUUAUCUGUGACUACAACAUUUCAAUCUCUGCGGUCUCUCUGGUGUGUCCCUGCUGUUUUUACUAUCUGUGACAGCUUUGUGGCCUGAGCCUCUGAGCAUAGAUGUACCGUUGCAGUGUCAUCAGCCUCUUCAUGAUUUUCCACCUGUGAUUGAUUCGAAAGUCUUCAAAACCUUUUGUAAAACAUGUUUGUAAUAAAAGAAAAGCUAAAGCCAUAUGUAAAAAGACUAAA